AAAUAACGUCGUUAAUGAUUAUCACGUAUAUUUUUUGAACAUCCUUCCAAAAUCAACCACAAAAACAAGGAUAAGCCCCAGAAGUUUGACGGAAUUGCAACAGUGAUGGAAAAGACAGCUACGGUUGAUAAGGAGCAUAGUGAUAUAACACCGGGGACCCAAGCUGAUCCGAUAAGAAGAGAAUAUUCUACAAUCCAGAAUGAAUCAGGAGAAAUGCCGUUAACUGGAUCAGUUGCCGCCGCAGAAGACCACAAUGAUGUAUGUUUGGUCAACCGACGGACCGAAGGCUUCAGUAGUGCCACUCUACCCGAGCCUCCACAUUACGCCCUCUAUUCACCUGUUCUGGAGGACGAUCAAGAUUUUUUGGACUUGAUGAUGAAGCUAGGUGAACCCGGUCACAAGGGAAAACCUCUACCAGACGAGGAUUCCCCGGGAAAUUCAAUUUCCGAGCAUCACAUAACUGUGUCAAUUGAUCGCUCACAUGCAGAGAAAACUUCCGCACUGAUACCGCUCGUUGCAAUCGAUGACUGUUCAAUAGUCAAAGCGGCAUCUAAGAUACCUCACACAGACUUAACGGAUUAUACCGUACAAGACGGAAAGCCACAAUGUUAUCUUCCUUGCGAGAGGUCUUUAGGUGAGUCGGGAUCGACAAAAAUGAAUGGAUUUCACGAGAUACCGUCUUCUCAUCCUGAUCACACGGUCUUCACUCCUACCGCAGCCGCUGUUAUGAAACCUCAAUCCACUAAGUUGGAGGAUGGGGGCUCCACGGCUGAAUCAUUCGGAUCGCAAUCCACU